AUGCGUGGUUUUAGAGCGCCUCUGGAUCAUCUUGCAGGAACAAACACAGAGCUUGCCGACCGGUUCAGGGAUGUUAGUCACCUGCCGGAGAACCUGACGACGUCACCAACUAUGUUACAGUCCGAUUCAGGUGCAGUCAGAGGCGGGUCAUCUAUGCUGGGUGUUUAUGGGGAGCGGAUCGCAGCUUCGGAGGGUCCUGUGAUAGUCAACCGUUGCAAAUAUCGAUCCGACACACUCAUUGUGCUUUCCUGGGACUAUUUGCCGGUUGUCUGUGUUCCAGUAGAUGAGGAGUUCUACGAUGACAGCACUAAUAUGUGCAAGGAGCUGCUAGAAACGUACACAAGCUCCGGAGCUGACUUGCGAGAAUACGAUCAGACACUCCGCCAGGUGAUGAAGGCUUUGUGGGACAGGGUUGUCUCUAAAGUGGUCGACAAAGUAAAGGAGCUCGGGAUUGCGGAGGGAGCGCGCAUAUGGUGGUGCCCCACAUCUGUACUAUCUGCGCUUCCUUUCCACGCAGCAGGUUCAUUCGAGCAUACAGAUGGAUCUGUCAGGUAUCGGCUAGACAAGUACAUUUUAUUGUGUACUCCGACACUCGCAGUGCUCAUCAGCACACGAUCUGGUGGGGACGGAGGAGAGGCGACAGUACUUGUAACUGGGGAUACCUCACUUCGCAACCCUUCGUGUGAUAUUGUGAUCAAAGAGCUUCGGAAAGCAACUUGGGUCUAUUUUGUUUGCCAUGGACUCUUGCAUUCAACGCCUUUCAACUCUUCAUUCAAGCUGUCCGAUGGCAGGCUGGCGCUACUCGAUGUUGUCCAAGGUAAUCUUCCGAAUGCAGAGUUUGCAUAUCUUUCUGCUCGCCAUACGGCCGAACAACCACGUGACGACUUGCAUGAUGAAAUACUUCAUCUGGCCGCAGCGAUGCAAUUCUCUGGGUUUCAAAGCGUGGUUGGAUCAAUGUGGUAG